CAAUAACAGAUCGGAGUCAAUCCUUCCCAAGUGACCGCUCUGCGGUCAUCUUCGCUCGUUGGGUUUCGGUUUUCGUUCAAACGGUCUUUCUGCCACCAUGCAGUUGCCUCCUGCAAGCGUGAUGGCCCACUGGCCAACGCCGAAUUACAUCGAUCCUCUGAGUCGUGGAGGUGCACUGCUAGUUGUCAAUAUCGUCUUCACCUCUCUAUCGUUCUUAGUCGUUUGCAUGCGCAUCUACACUAGGCUGAGGAUCACUGGCAGCGUUGGUCUCGACGAUGCGACUAUCAUUGUCAGCAUGCUCUUUGCGAUUGCUAUGGCCGUUGUCACCUCUCUUGCGUCCGCUCAGUAUGGCUGGAACCGACAUAUCUGGGAUGUACCAUUGGAAUGGAUCCCCACUUCAGAGAAACUCAACAUGAUGUUUCAGGUCUUCUUCUCUUUCGCCUCGACACUGACCAAGCUGUCAUUGCUGUGGUUCUGCAGGCGACUACUGGGAGCCGGGAUUAAGGGCGCUUUUCGGUCAUUCAAUCUCUGUCUCAUCGCGGCAAUGUUUGUUGUCGCAGCGAUGUGCAUCACGUUCGUCUGUAUGACGAUUUUUCAGUGCAACCCCGUUCGUGCGUUUUGGGAUCUGGAGCCAAGUUACCCGUACCACUGUCUCAAUGGGAAUAACGAUGUCUUUGCGGCCAGUGUCGUCAAUAUCUUCACCGAUCUGUUGUGCACCGUUCUGCCAAUGCCUCUGAUCUGGAGAUUGAAACUGCCAGUCCGACAACGCGUGGCAGUAAUCUCCAUUUUCGGCGUGGGAAUCGUGGUCAAUGUGGCCGGUGCCAUCCGGACAGCCUUUGUUUAUAAGAGUCUGAUCGCCUCGUAUGAUUCAACAUGGGUAGGCUGGCCGAUUUUCCUUGCGGCCGCUAUUGAAAUCAACCUGGGCCUGAUUUGCGCUUCCGCACCUGCUCUCCGUCCACUGGUGGCACACUUCGUUCCGCGGUUGUUUCAGUCGACGCGCAACCUCGCCUCGUCAAGUUUGGGCCAAAGCGGUCGUACGCAAAAACUCUGGAGGUCUACUGGGCUCUCGAAAGACUCCCGAUCCAGGUUAUCAUCUGCACAGCAACACGCGAGUAGCGACGGGCCCGAGCGAGUUGAGAUAUUGCGUACGAUUGAGAUGGAAACAUGGACCCAGUCGAGGAACUCCCAACAUGAAAUGCUACCGGCGUCUUCAAAGGCCCUUGGCCUUCCGGAUCAUGACCAGAAGCAUAUGGAGUCACGCUGCGAUGUACGGGUCGGAGAGGAUGAAGUCCGGUCGUCUGGGUCUUCAAGUCCACUUGAAUUCUUUACUCAUGAUUCACCUUUUGAGGAUAGAGGUCCCUUGUAGAGGCCUUCCUAACACGGGUUGAAUACGACAAAUAUGUGCAGCGGUUACGAUAUUUAUGGCGUUACGUACAAGAUUUACGUUCCAUAAACUCUUGGACGUUUGUAUCAUAUACUAAUGAAACUGGAACAAAAACACGCAAUG